GUAUUUGUAGAGUUUGUAUUGUACAGUGUGUGUGUCACGUGUUUUCCUUCUGACACUAGAUAAAGCGGAGUGGGCUGUUUUGUCAUCACAGGGAGAAGCCACAGGAAGCCCUGAGAUUUGUGUCGGCGAAAUGAAAAAAAAAACAGCUGCGCUCCCGACUCUUUCCCUUUAAACGCGCAGGGAUGAGACGCUGGCUGUCAGGCUCGGUGCGGUGCUCGUCGGCGGUUUCGGGUCCACGGUGAUGCCUCGGUGGCUCUGAUGGCACAAUAGCGGCGGAGCAUCCGCGUGGAUCGGUUCGGCGGGAGACCACACGUGGACUCCGAGGACGGAGGCUUUCGGCGGAGAUUUCCUUUGUCAUUUGGAGCCGAGAUCCACAUUUGCGCUUCAAGGACGCUCUUUAGCUUUUCUUCCCCGACGAGUGAUUUGUGUGUGUGUGUGUGUGUGUGUGUGUGUGUGUGUGUGUGUGUGCGGGGGGGUAAAAACGACAGAUUGCGAACAGAUUGAAAUCCCGUGUUGCGUCUGCGUCUCCGCAGUGAAAGGACACGCACGGCAUUAUGGCUUAUCAUGGAGUCUUGUAGCAUCGGAGCCGCGUUGCGGUUGUGUUGCGACGCAUGGCGCAGCGCUGCUGGAAAGAUGUGAUCGGUCAGGGCUCCGUGGUUUCUCGCUCCGCUGCCUCCCAACACAGUCGCUCAUGAUGCCCCGGGCUCUGCGGAGACUGGUCCAUUUGGUGCUGUUCUGCCCUCUGUCGAAAGGCCUGCAGAGCCGCCUCCCCGCUAUCAAAGUGAAGUACCUUCUCCUGGCGUGGCUGGGCGUCCUCAUUGCCAGCUGGGUCAUCUACAUGCAGUACGCCUCCUACUCAGAACUCUGCCGAGGGCACGUCUGCCAUAUGGUCAUUUGUGAUCACUAUCGACGGGGGAUCAUAUCAGGCUCGUCCUGCAAAGCACUGUGUGAGCAGAAAACCCUCACCCUGCAGCGCUGCAUGUCCACCUCCUCUACACAUCAGGUGUAUGGUGCACUGUGGAAGGAUAGACCUGUUAUUAUCAAGUGUGGUAUUGAGGAUCCAGUGAAGACUGAUGGGGCUCCAGACUCUGAACUGCGACAGGAGAUGACCUUAUUUGAUAAACCUACUCGAGGAACCUCAAUGGAUGAAUUUAAAGAGAUGCUCCACAGUUUCCUCAAGGCUAAUCUUGGUGAACAGCCAUCUUUGAGCACUUUGGUGGACAGGAUCAUCACUCUGGCUGAUGUCAACGAGGACGGCAAAGUGUCUCUAGCAGAGGCCAAGUCUAUCUGGGCGCUCCUCCAGAUCAACGAGUUCCUCCUGAUGGUGGCGCUGCAGGAGAAGGAGCACACCCCCAAGCUGCUCGGCUUCUGUGGAGACCUGUAUGUGACCGAACGCGUGGGCCACAGCUCCCUCUACAGGCUGCAGGUGCCUCAGCACCUACAGGCUGUGGUUCCCGAGGCCUUAAGCUCCAGCCUGAACCACUGGCUCGCGCCAGCCUGGCCCCGCAGGGCUCGCAUCACCAUCGGCCUGCUGGAGUUUGUGGAGGAGGUCUUCCACGGCUCCUACGGGAGCUUCCUAAUAUGCGACGCCAGCCCGUACCACGUGGGCUACAAUUCCAAGUACGACUGCAAGAUGGCCAACCUGCGCAGCGUGACAUCCGAGGCAGUUGUGCGGGGGUUUCUGAGGGGACGGCGAUGCGAGACCAACGCCGACUGCACGUACGGCAGGGACUGCACGGCCACCUGCGACCGGCUGGUGAAGCAGUGCAACACUGAGGUCGUCCAGCCAAAUCUGGCCAAAGUGUGCGUGCUUUUGCAGGACUUCCUGCUCUUUGGAGCUCCUUCAGACCUCCACGGGGACCUGGAGAAGCAGCUACGCACCUGCGUCACCCUCAGCGGCCUGGCAAGUCAGAUGGAGGUGCAUCACUCGCUAGUCCUGAACAACCUGAAGACGCUACUGUGGAAGAAGAUUUCCAACACUCAGUACUCUUAGAAUGCAGGAUGUAAAAAUCCAACUUGUGAAUAUUGAUCAUAUGAACACAUAUAAGUCUUGUUUAUGACAAUUUGCCAAAUGUUUUAGAGCGUUUGUGCUUUCACUAUACAUUGACUGUGAAUUACAGAAAACUGUGAAUUAAUGACAGCAGCUGAAACAGAGUACAGUAUUAGUCCUAUUUUUGUUUGUGUUGUUUUGAAGUACAUUCAUCAGAAAUAAUAUCCUCAGGGCGUUGCCUUAUCUUUUAUUUGUAAUAUAAACUCUAUAUGUACAUUAGUUUUUAAAAUCAACCACCCAACAAGUGGGAUGAGUUAAACGAUGGAGAAGUUCAGAUUGCAGCAGGAUAUGAACUGUACAUAUUAGCGAUACAUGAAUUGGACUCCUAAUAUAAAAAUGUAUUGAAUGACAGAUAGAGAAUUAGCGGUGAUCUGGUGAUGAUUUGGAAUGCUUCAAACAAAAUGAAUUUGUAAAGGACAAUCAGACACGCUUCUACUUGCAACAAGUUUAUAUUGACAAAUAAACUUACAGGAAGUUGGUUCACACGA